AUGUCGACGGCAGAUCGCAGUCGCUGCUGCUGGGGCUCGCGGCGUGCGGGCGCUGGUGGCGGGCGGACGACAUGGUUCCUUGUGGGGCUUGUGAUUUUCGCCAGCGUGGGCGUUCAGGCGAUGGCUGCCAACACCUGGCGCUUGCCGCUCAAUGCCCCAUCAGCAACGUCCCUGACGGCCUCAGAUUCGCUCGCUCGCCACCAACGCCGUCAGAUGAAUCUUCAUAACAAAAGCAGUCCCAUCACGGGUCAGCCCGAAUCGGCCUAUUCAGUUGAAAUCUUUUUGGGCACGCCACCUCAACAAACCCUGGGGAGUGUCGAUCUCACUGGCGCAGCCGGAUGGGACUUGGCAAACACAUCCGCCACCAAGAACUCGCUCGUCUACACCCCCAUCCCUGCCGAUGGUCGUACCUACUACAGCGUUGUGGUACUUCAAAUGCGAAUCGGAACCCAGGUAUUGGACAUUCCCUGCAGCAGCUACAAUUCUCCCUACUACACCAUCGUUGACUCGGGUACAACUGACGUUAUUGUUCCAAAAGUCGUUCAUGACGCCAUCGUUCGUGAAAUUGACCCCAUCUUGAUUGAUCGAUGGAGCCUGAACAGUCAAGUCAGCCGGGCCAAAUUUUAUCAGGGUGAAGAAUGCUACGAGAUUGCCAACCCUGAUUUGACUGAGCUGCCUUCCGUCUACAUCGGUCUGCCUCAAGAAUCGAAUCCGGACAAAAUGUUUGAGCUUCGCAUUUCGCCGUGGCAUUACAUCCGGCCUCUUGUGCUCCAAGGUUCACUAUGCUAUGGUUUCGGCAUCGUCACCAACGACAAUGUUGUGGGUGUGACCUUGGGCAUGGUUUUGCUCACCAACUACGUAACCAUCUACGACCAGGAACAUUCGCGCGUUGGCUUUGCAACCUCAUCCUGCUCAGGUGUGAGGAACGUCAGCGACUGCCUGCCUGAAUCCAAACAUACCCGUGACUUGCAGCUUCAAUUCGUGUACAUUGCUCUGGGCGUCGCGGGAGCCUUGUUGCUGAUUUUGGGCGCUGUAUUAAUGAUCAAGAUGCGCAAGUGGUCGCGCGUUGAGAUGCACACGGACGGCUCUCUGAUACCUCGAUAUGAGGAUCAGCGAGUGCUUAUUUCCCCCCGAUUUGAAGAUGACGAAGAGGCCCAAGCAGAUGUGCACCCACGCCGCCUCCCCAACCUCCCUCCAGCUUGCGACAAUGACGACGAAGAUGAAGCCGAAGAUAUUCAAGAUGAUGACGAUGAUGAUCAUGAUGACCACGUGCAUCAACCAGCAACUUACAAGCUGUGCAUGACAGGCUCUGAGUGUUUAGCACGUCAAAUUGUCCAAGUUGACGAUGAGAUACGAACAUGGCAUCAGCGUUUCAAAGAACAUGACACCAGCGUUCCAAUUUGA